CCACAGUGAUAUCCUUCUCUUGUAACCCCUCAGAUGGGUGACGGUGGCAUGAAUCGGAGCCUCAGCAUGCCAGGAAGCACGGGGAGCGGAUACUCGGGAGCUGAGGAUGGUGGGAUGAAUGGCUUGACACCACAGCAGGGUCAGGUGUUGAAUUUGAUCAAGACGUGUAAAGAAGUGCAAGGGAUAAGUAUUCAGGACAUCAAAAUCAGGCUUAAGGGAAUGAACGCCCUGGCCAUCAAGCAGGCUGUGGAGUUUCUCGGUAAUGAAGGGCACAUUUAUUCCACUGUGGACGAGGACCACUACAGAUCAACAGAGUCGGAGAACUGAGAAACGAGGAGGAAUCCACUCCUGUUAGUGCUGCCCGAACAUUUUCUUUUUCGACGCUUCGAAGAACUGAAGGGCCAUCCACUUGGCAUCUGCAUUUUUAAUAGAGUCGUGUGAACGAAAAACUGAUAAGACGUGUAUUGGUUUAUUUCGGUUAGUUCCUGCUUUUAAAAGCAUCUGUUUUAUAUCCUGAAUAAAGAGGAACCCUACAGUCUUACUGGAACACUUCUUUUUAAAGAUGCUUAAA